CUGGUUUCGAAAAAACAAUGAAAUGCGCAGGCGCAUAGUUCCGAAGCCACUUCUAGUACAGCGCAAUCAACAUCUGGAGUGCCAGUGUCACCCAAAAAGCCUGAGUUUGCUCAGCCUCAGUGUCAGUGCCCAGUGGAAAAGGCUCCUGAAGAGGUUUUACCCACGAAAACAAGUGGUCGGUCUGAUGAGACGUGAUAACAACGAGUUUCACUCAACACUGAGUUAUCUAUGCACUUCAUUAUGUGUUUGAAUGGAAAUUGGAGUGAUACGUGAGACAAAAAUGGACGUAAACACGUCAGUAGGGACUGACCGGCUGUCAAGGGUGACUAUGGAUGUACACAGUGAGGAGAAGACCAUCUUCUGGUCCAGGCGGGAGAGAAAGCGCUGGUUCAUCUCGUUAUUAUGUGGCACAUGUUUACUUUAUGCGACGAGAACGUCAGUGCCCCUCUUAGUGCCAGUAAUCAGCAAGGAAAAGCUAUGGAGCAAAGCAGAUUCUGGAAUGAUUCUCUCCAGCUUCUUCUGGGGAUACACAUUGACCCAGGUGGCGAGUGGGUACAUGAGUGACAGAAUUGGAGGGCACAAGAUCAUGUGGAUUGCAGCUCUUGGCUGGUCUUUUACAACAUUCACGCUGCCAAAUGUCAUUGAAGAAUUUUCUGACAGUGAUCAUCAUGUGGAGAUUAUAGCAAUGGCUAGGACAAUCACUGGGGCCUUUCAGGGUAUGCACUUCCCCAGUGUAAUUAGUCUAACGAGUCAACAUUUGGAUGAGUCCGAGAGGGCCUCGUUUUUUGGACUGCUGACGUCGGGAUCUGCAUUGGGGACACUGCUUACUGGAUCUCUCGGGUCUUAUCUGCUGGUUAAAUUCAGCUGGGCCGUUGUUUUUCAAGUAUUAGGUAGUUUAGGUUUACUAUGGACAUUAUCUCUCUAUUAUCAGAGUCUCACUGCUCAAAGGAGGAGAAUAAUCUCAAAGACUUUUGGAGAAUCGAAAAGCAAAAAUCUACCAUGGAGAGAGUUAUGGUCCAAACCGCCUUUCUGGUCUUGUGUAUUCGCCCAUGCCUGUCAGAACAAUUGCUUUUUCGUUUUACUUUCGUGGAUGCCAACUUACUUUCACGACACGUUCCCAGAUGUACCAAGUUGGAUGAUGAAUAUGAUACCUUGGUUAUCGUUACUCCCUUGUACCUUUCUAGGAAAAAUUUUGUCUGAAAAAUUGAUUGCUACUGGGUUCACGGUCACAACUACGAGAAAGAUCGUGGAAACAAUUUGUUUUGCAACACAAGUCAUAAAUUUAUUUAUAUUAGCAACAGUUGAAACAUUCCAAGGUGCAAUGCUCUGUCUAAUGUUCAUAAUUGGCGGUACAGGAUUUCACAACACAGCUAUUGCAGUAAAUCCAUCAGACUUGGCGCCGAAACACUCAGGGAGCGUCUUCGGGCUCAUGAACUCGGUGGGAGCAGUUCCGGGGUUCUUGGGAGUGUACCUAGCCGGAUGCAUCCUACACAUGACCCACAGUUGGGCGGCUGUAUUCAUUUUGACAGCUUUUAUUGACAUUAUGGGAUGUGUCGUUUAUCUUACAUUUGGUUCCGGUCAGGCGAUUAUAUGAAAGUAUCCGUGGCACAAGACGUUGUCAAUAAGAUUUGUAAAUAUUUAAACCAAUUGAAUAAAUUUGUAAAUUAGUAACUCAUAAGGUAAAAUAA